CGCAUGUGCAGAAGAACUCGUAUACUUUUCCGUUUCAACGUAAUCGAUAAUCACCGUCAACUAUGGCUGCGCUCCACAAACGGCGACGUGAGCGAGGCGACUUUCCGCUCGAGAAAGCGUCCGACACUUCCGGGGAAGACUCCACGCUGUACCUGAAACUGUCCGCAGCGGCAUUUUACGGAGUCAGUUCUUUCCUCAUCGUUGUCGUCAACAAAAGCGUCCUCACGAGCUACAGAUUUCCAUCGUCAACAUGUGUUGGAAUCGGCCAAAUGUUGGCUACAAUUGUAGUUCUGAGGACUGGGAAGCUGUUGGGUGUUAUCUCGUUUCCAGAUGUGGAUACGAGUAUACCACGCAAGAUGUUUCCAUUGCCUCUUCUGUAUGUCGGGAAUCAAAUAUCAGGGCUUUUUGGGACACAGCGACUCAAUUUGCCCAUGUUUACAGUUCUGAGGAGGUUCAGCAUUUGUCUCACAAUGAUGUUUGAGGGACUCCUGCUGAAGAAGAUCUUCUCUGCGCCGGUGAAGAUCACAGUGUUCACCAUGGUCCUCGGUGCUUUUAUUGCUGCCAGCGCUGAUCUAGCGUUCGACCUCGAAGGAUACGUCUUCAUAAUGAUGAACAAUGUCCUGACGGCGGCCAGUGGGGCGUACGUGAAGCAGAAACUUGAUUCCAAGACGUGUGUGUACACUGCUGUUCCGACAGGAGCUGGGCAAAUAUGGGCUUCUCUACUACAAUGCUUUAAUCAUGGUUUUCCCCACCGCGGCAUACGCUUACUACUCAGGGGAAUUGCAAGUGUCCAGGGGUUGGAGUAUAGUGGAUGGUCCGAUCGGCUGUUUGUUGUGCAGUUUGUGCUCUCCUGUGUCAUGGGCUUUAUUUUAAUGUACUCCAUCAUGCUGUGCACGCAGUACAACUCGGCCCUCACCACCUCCAUCGUCGGCUGUAUUAAGAAUAUCCUCGUGACUUACAUUGGAAUGGUGUUUGGAGGAGACUACAUAUUCACCUGGACUAACUUCAUAGGCCUAAACAUCAGCAUUGCUGGCAGCCUGGUGUACUCCUACAUCACCUUCACACAGGAGCAAACAAGCGUAAUCCAGGGAGACCCGACUUUGAAGAACUGCGAUUGUCUGUCUCUUAUUAAGCUGUCAAAAUGUUUGACAAACAUUUUAUUUUUAUGCAUUUUGUAAGCACAGGUAUAUUUUAAUUCAAUUUUAUAUAUUUAAUAAAGACAAAGUGCCUUCACUUUUUCAUAAUGA